AUGGCAUCGUCGCUUGCUUCGCAGUUAGCGAGCAUUCGAUCGCACAAUGCCUCACGUCUGGGAAGUGCUAAUGCGCUAACGUCCCGUGAUUCCUACCUAUUCCCACCGCGCGUUGCAGCUGAACAGGACCAUGAAACAGUGCACGCGCUGGGUGUGACCGGGUGGGAGCAAUUGCUCGACGAGGACGCGACGCUUGCGCAGUGGCCGCAUGGCACCUUGCUAUUUGGUGAGAAGAGCGUCAAGACAGACCGUACGACGCUUCCCAAAGAAGCGAACGACGAAAUUGAUGUCGCCGUGUGUGAGCUGCUCUACUUGCUGGGCCCCGUGCUUCUUUCACGAAGCGCGGCCAAGUGCUUGGAAUGGCUUGUUCGUCGAUUCCGGAUUCAUGAGUAUACUCCACGUGAGGUGCUUCGUGCUUUCAUGCCUUAUCAUCUUACGCCGCAGUUUUCACGCAUGCUGCAGCUCAUUCAGGUCGAGCAGUUCCCCGACAUGCAAUUCCUCGCACCUGUGAAAAAGGCACAGACGCCGCUACCAACAAGUGUGCUCUUGCAGGCGAUGAAUGGUCAUUUGGAUCUUGUACGUUGGAUCGCUACGGUGCGUGCGCCAGCUGGAAUGCAGGUGUCGCGUGUGCAUGUGCCUUUCUGGACAUCGACACUAGUCCAAUACUGCCUGUACCGUCGCACUCCCAAGCGCCGUGGCGGCGCAGAUGCGCAAGCUGUUCUCGCUGUACUGCUACCUGAGAUUCUGUACAUGGCCAACGCUCAAGUGCACAGCAGUGAGGCGGUGAUUGGUGCGUUGAUGGUGCUGUGCUCAGUCAGCGCCUCGUUCUCCCUCACAGCCCAGGCCGUACGUGGGCUGCUAGAGUCGCUUGCGCGUAUCCUUUCAUCACCGCUAGCUUCUGAUGUGGCGCGUGCGUGGGUGGCAGCGUGCAUGUCGCUGUGUGCCAGCCCGGAGGACGUGGCUGACCCCCUCGGCGACGUGGCUGAGACGCAGCGUUUGCUCUCGACCUCAACAGUGCAGGCACUUCUGUCCCUCCCAGAGCUGACUGCCCAAAUGUCUCGAGCUUUGGCUACGCAUGACGUCGAUGCAUUUGCCGCUCAACUGCUUGGUGCCUUGAUCGAGCAUGUGGCGGACCCUAAAGCGCACACUUUGUUGUCAUCUCUGCUGGAUGAGCCAUCGCUCCAAGAGGCGAUGGCACAGAAAGCGUGUGUACGCCUCCUUCUCAGCACGGCCAAAGACACAUGGGAGGCGCGUGUCGAGCUCCUGGCCCAGCUUCGGGAGCGUUACCCUGAGCGUUUGGACCAGGCCGUAGAUGUCGCGCGCUCUCAGGACGAGGCGCAGACAUGGCACGUUUUGCGUGCAAUCCUGCAAACCCAAGCCACCGGACGUGUUCCUUCCGUGGCCGAUGCCACGGACGAUGUGGCCUUGUGGUUGGGUGUGCAUGGUGCAGAUGUGCAUGCCCAGCACCUGGCUCUGAAACACCUCUUGACCCAUGUCCAGCAGGGUCUCGUGCGUGCAAAGGACGUACUGGUACGCGAGGCGCUGAUGGCCGCAUUGCACAGUGGCUACGCCGUGCUUUUAGAGACGUUGUAUGCGCCUGCGAACGCGUCGCUCUUGUUUGACGCAAUGGAUGCUACGUCAUGGGCUGAUCAGCUGGAAGCACGCAUGGCGACCACCUCCAUGACGGCCGAGGAGCUUACAUGGCAUGUACGGUUCCUCACCACAACACUACUAACGCAUGCGCCAUCGCUGCGUGAACGUGUGUGGCGCCGCAUGUUGUGGCCGCAUUUGUUGCCUACGGCACAAACGCCUGACCUGGUGCCGAUGAUGGCCAAAGCAGCUCAAUCUCUGGAUGGUGUGUACGCGCGUGCGAUGCAGCAGGCGCAAGCGGAAACGUCGUCUACAUCCGAUGCUGUGACGUGGACCAUGGCUCUGUGUGAUGCGUUGGUGGCACAACUCCAUACGUGCAAUGAAGCGAUGCUACUGGAGGAACUGGACCAGCUGUGCCGUGCCAUGGAUGCGCCGGUUUCCCCAGGAGGCGCGCUGGCCCUGAUGGUCCUCAGCCAACUGCUGGCACAGCCUCAAGCGCUGCCGCCACGUGUAUGGAUCGCUCUGGCAUACCGCAUGAUUACGUUGGUGCACACACACCAACUCCUCGCCGGCCAGGUGGAAGGUGUGGUUCUAGGCGAUCGUGUUGGCCGUGCUGUGGUGCAGCAAGUGCAUGACAAGCUCUCACGGCAUAGCGUGCGCUUGUUGGGUGUGCAAGCGCUCUACGCUGUGCUCCGUCAUGUACCCACAGCCGAGCUGGAUGCCUCGUUGAUGGUUGCUGUGCAGUGUCGUACCACGCCUAUGGCACAGCUGUUGCUGCAUGCGUACCAGACACUGCAUGCGCCGGGAGUGGGCCGCGUAGCCUCCGCAAAGCUGGUGCCCGUGCUGUUCGAGCAGUUGGGGAUGUACUCCUUCUCUCUGCUGGCGGGUGUGUGGACAACGCCGGGUGGUCAGCCACCGUCUGUCACCUCGACUACACUUGCGACAUCCCCAACACUGGCAGCGCUAGCGGAUGCAUUGGCAGCUGGCGCGCUUGUGCCUACCAGUGACGUGCCUACACGGCUCAUGGCGAUGCGGCAUGCAGCGCUCUUGGUCCAGGCUGCCACGUCGCAGGCUCGUCUCGUCGAUGUACAGACGCUCCUGCCGAGUUUGUUAGUCGUGCUGCAGGACACCACAGCUGUGCUGCGCGACGCGGCGGCUCAGCUCUUGUGUGCAUUGGAUACGUGGAACAAGGUCAACGAUGCACCUCGUACGAUUUACGGCCUUGAAAAGGUGUAUGGCGAAGCCAGCAGUGCGUUGCAGUACCUCGAUACACCGACGUAUGUCAAGUACACAUCGCUUUUAGCGAAGGAAGCUGGUGCGUUUAUCAACGAUGCUUCCUUCCUCGCUUCUACGCAUGCUGCUGUUCUACGUGGCAGCGGAAAGAAGGAUACCUUGUUCCGUACCAAGGUGCUGUGUUACUUGCUCAGCCAUGCUGUGUGUGUGCCGGAGCCCAGUGUGCGUGUAGCGCUCUUGCGUAUGGUGCGUGACGUGCAUGCCCCAUGCAAGCUCACGACGGUGCUCCCUCUGCUGCAAGACGCGGUAUCACAGCCGCCUACCGAUGCAGAGUAUGUCCACUUGCUCUUUGAUACCAUGGAUGCGAGCAGUGUAUCGGUGUUGACAGAUCGCGAUACGCAUACAUGGACGCUCCUCCUGCAAGCGCUGCGUAGCGAUGCAUCCACAGGCUUGGCACAGGCCGCCUUGGAUACACUGCAGAAUGGCUUGUGUGCCGCACUACCUGCUGAUCUGCGGGAAGAGGCGUUCUUGGCCCUUGCCGAAACACUGUCCGAUCCACACACGACCAGUGUACCGGAAGCUAGUGUGGCACUGCGUACGCUGCCAGUGUCGGACAGUGUAUUGGUGCAUGUCCUGCGUAAACUGUGCACGCAGCUCACAAGGGACGAUGCAAUGGACGACGAUGUGCCGACAUCGAAGCGUGCUCGCAGUGCGACGCACGAAGAGCCGAUGCGUCAUGCUGCUGUGAUGCUGAUCACCGUGCUGGAGAGCAUGCAGAGUCGUACGCUAGGUAUGGGCGCUGCCUUAGUCGCUGCGUUGUUUGACGUGGUGCGCGCGGCGAUCGCGCAGAGUGCGACGCACCUUUUCAAUGCAGAGUACCUUGUGCAGCUGGCCAUGCAGAGCUUGUGCAAUCUAUUCGAUCAUGUCACGGUGCUGCCGACAGAUGUGGCACAGGUGGUGCGUGCCGAUACGAUCGUGCAUGCGAUCAAAGUGUCGAGCAACAUGCAAAGCAUCAACCAUGCGAUUUUGUUGCUGGCGCGCUUUGCUCGUCUGGACGCCGAGUUGGUGUUGCACAACAUUAUGCCAAUCUUCACGUUUGUGGGCUUGAAUGUCUUGCAGCGUGACGACCGCUUUACGUUGUCAGUGGUUGAGCAGACGCUGCGCAGCAUUAUUCCUGCCUUUGUGAACGCCGUUCGUCCGAAAGUAAUCAACGACAAGGAUGCGCGCCUGGCGCUGUGGCGUGAGACACGCAGUCUCCUGCGUAUUUUCUCCGAUGCGUCGUCGCAUAUCCCGCGCCAUCGUCGGCAUGUAUUUUUCCGUUUGCUAAUCGAUGUGCUGGGCACCGACGAUUUCCUGGCGCCGGUGUGUAUGCUACUAGCCGAUCGCGUGGCGCACCGCGUGUCGAAGACACCGAGCAACAGCGCGACGCUCUUGCAGCUACCGCUUGGCCUCGUACGUGCCGAGCCGUUGCGUGUGCGUGUGCAUGCGCUGAACCAGAUGUGGGCCGAGAUUGGUCGGCUGCUUUCGCAUGCCGACGACAUGUUCCUUGCGCCAGCGCCUAAGCGUGAGUACUCGGAGGAGCAUCUGUCGCCUGUGCACCAAGCACUUACGUUGCUUCUAUUCUUGCAGCAUGCGCUGAGCAAAGCGGAUGCGACGGAGGCGGAUACGUGUGUGGACGAGUUGGAAGAGUAUGCAUGGCACACACUGUGCCUUGGUCCGGCCGAUGAGACCGUUGCGCAGGCCCUGGAUGAAGCACGUGCGCCUGUGCUGCGCAUGCUGCCGGCCCCCGCGCUCUUAUCGAUGGCGUUGCAGCUGCUGCAGGGCGAGCGUGCUCGUUCUGGCAUGCCGUGCAAGAUCCCUGCAUCGCUCUCGCGGGCAUCUCUGGCGUCCUUGGGUCUGCAAUGGCUCGAAGAUAUGCCUCACAGCAGCGCUGUGGCAGCGUCGCGCACCGAUCAUGUCGCGCUGUGGACGGCCGUGUACGAAGCUCUGAUCUCUCUCUGGGAGUCGCACCGUGCUGAGCCGCUGGGCGAGGAGGCGCUGCAGGCCCUGUACACAUGCCUGCAGCAUGCCACGUCAGCGGAGCAUACGGCACUUACGCAGCUUCUCCCUCGGCUGCUGGCACACGAUGCCACGGCAUCGACGCUCCAGAUUCUUACCUCGAUUGUCUCGCAUGUGGGUGUUCGUGCACUGGCGCAGCUCAAUGCCUUGGUGCCGUACGUUGCGCAGGCGGUGCAGCAAGGUGUCGAGGACGAGCGAUUGGCUGCUGGUCUGUCCUUGCUGGCGGCCUUGUUCAAGACACUGCCGCAGUUCAUGCAUGCCCAUGUCGAACGAGCCGUGCGACUCAUGACGGAGGACAAGGUGCAAGCGAUGCAGCGUCACUCGUACGCCAAGGGCGCGUUCCGCCGCGCACAGGACGCGCUGGUGAAGCGCAUGCCAGCCGCCACGCUGCUCGAUGCCUUGACGUCCGUGUGGCGUGAGACCAUCGUGUCAUCGACGCAAUUGGCCCUCUUGCAACUCAUGCAAUUGACGGUGCGGGAGAUGGACAAGGCAGCCGUCACAGCGCAGUACAAGUCCGUGUUCCGUUUCCUGCUGCUGGCACUGGAUGGUCAGCGUACAAGCGACGAUGCCUCGCAGGCCCUGACAGCCACUGUGACGCGGGCCUUGCAUGUCUACGUGACACUCGCUCUCAAGCUGAGUGAGUCACAAUUCCGCCCGUUGUUCCUGCGUACGUACGACUGGGCCGUGGUGGAUCUCCUAGACGAUGACGCAAAGGGCGUACAAGCACGAACGCAUGUGCUCUAUGCCUUAGUCUCUACGUUGCUGGAGCAGUUGCAUGGCAUGUUUGUUCCCUUCUACGCCAUUGUCCUCGAUAAUGCGCGUGACCUGGUUCGUGAGAAGCCAAGUGCGACGUGGCAUGCUGUGGUCCACAGUGUACGACUGUGCGCCGAAGCCGACGAAGGCACGUUCUGGACAGCCUCCCGUGCCACCAAGUUUGUGGCGCCUCUUGUCAAGGCGUUGAGCUACACGGACAACGAGGAGGUGCCACGUACGCUCCUUGCCCUAGCCCAUGCAGUGCCGGAUGACACAUUCCUGCGUACAUUGAACUCGGCUUUGAUGUCGGCGGCCAACGUACGUGACAUGGAGAGCCGUGUGCGGGCUCUCUCGGCCUGUGCGUCGCUGUGGGAGGCCCAAGGCAUGGCACUGCUUACGUUUGUCCCAGAGACUGUGGCAGCUCUCACGGAAGUCCUGGACGAUGUAGACCCACGUGUAUCUGCCGCUGCCUUGUCUCUGCGCGGUUUCAUUGAGGAGGCACUGGGCGAGUCGCUAGACUCGUACUUGGACGCAGCGUAA